AUGAGUUCGGCUUUCGACCACAGUGGGAGAGAGGGGAGAGUAGGAAAUGCCUGCAAUUGGCGACGCAAGCAGCUCCGCAAAUUCGCCUCCUGCUCUAGCAAUAACCGUCGCGGACCUUUCAAGCACUGCCGUGGCGCUGUGGAACCGUGUCAUCGAGAUAACGAUCUUGAAAAGGUUCACUAUCUUGCGACGAUCUUUGCCUCCUCGCAAAUCGGCUGUUUCUUCGGCGCGACUGAACGGAGCAGUACUUUCGACUGGGAACCAACUUCAAGGACUCGGAGCCGAACUCGGCAUCAUCCCAGCCGCCGAACCGGGAGCGCUCGCGACGAUGUCGUCGGCGACCUGGCUUCAGCCUCCGGCGCAAGCCACGCCGCUCGAUGCCGCGAGGGGUUUGAAACCGUUUCUGGGUGCGUACAACGAGACUUAUUUCAACGGCGUUAGUAUUGGCGCCAACGGCGAACGGGACGGUCCCCAAGCUUUCGCCUUGUGCGAUCUGCAUGACCUCGACGUGCCGACAUUCUCGACUCCUCAAGCGCGCGUGGCCCGGCUCGGGCAUCGCAUCGACCACUCACGUGAAGUUCUGACUCUGUGGUGGCUACUUCCCUCAAAACAAGGUGCAUCCAUCUCCGCCCAUUUCACGGAAGUGUUUAUCUUGGGAAUGAUCACCGCGAAAGCUGUAACCUACUUCUCGCGCGGCUCGAGAGACCACAAUAGUAAAGUUAGCUAGCGCGCGACGGUGGUUUUUUCGAGGUCGUUCUCCUGCUAGCAGCUGGCUGACGAUAUGGCGAUAUGGUUCUUGUCUCCUUGCUUUGUGGGAUUGUACAGAGUUUGUGUCGCCUUUUCCGUGUUUAUCCUGUGGUGCAAGGCGGGCUUGAAUAUCAAGAUCCUGUGGGACUCGGUGAGACACGCCCGCAAGAUUCACAGUUCAAGACACGGAGCUGACUUUUGUUUGCGCUUCUUCGUGGCCUUCUUCUAGGCAUUCUUCCUCCCUUACAGACACCAUAGGCGAUUUCUUUCAUGGUCCGCCCUCACUUCGAUCAUCAUCAGCCAAAUACCGGUGGCAUUGUCCCAGAUGUAUCUCUGCCAUCGACUUUGGGCGGUGAGUUGGCCCGUACUGAGCUUAUCCCCUCCAUAGCUUCUGGAGGGAGCUUUCAAUGCUCAUGGACUGAGAUCUCUGAUGAUCAGAUAUCCAAGAAAAAUCCUGUUCCUAAAGUCUUUGCCGUGGCAGGAACAUUGUGUUCGACGACUCUGUACAUCAUCUACGCCACCCUCCGGAGUCAGUUCAUUUCUCAAUCGCCAGCCUGGGCAAAUGCACCGGGGUCUGAGCUCUCACCGCCCCACGCUGUCUCAUAUUGGUGCCCAGUCAAGUAUCGAAUACCGGGAGGCAGCCAAGACCGUGCGUUUGCUUGGGUCCCACCUUGGGCGUUCUGCACUUGCGUAAGUGCCCGCCACUGCUGCGAUGGGUCUUCGUACCCAACUCGCCGAGCUCGCGAUAACUGACAAGUCGUGCUGCUUACGCAGUUCACCGACAUCUAACUAUCCCUGGCUUCCACCUUCUACCUACUUCGAACGAGAAAGAAGGUGGUCGGGGAUCAGUGAGUCACUUGAGACAAACUAAACUGUCCUCUGACGAAGCCUGCUGAUGCCGAUCGAGUCCUCGUGCCAGGCUCGACUACAUGUUGCUUCGUUUGGCGUCUCUGUCUAUCACGACGUGUCUUCCACCGGCACUCAUCUCGGCGAUCAUGGCAAUUCUCGAGAUCACGAAAUCGACGGGGGCGGUGCGUACUCUUAGACAGACACUCAGCUUGUGCAAGAGGGGCUAAUCCUCCGUUGGGUAAUUGCCGCAGGUUUGGACGUUCUUUAAGAUCAUCCUCGCAAGCACGUAUGUGCUCUGCAUUAUCCAUUCUCGUCAGUGUUCCCCUCUCUCCACAUUCAAAACUAAGGUUCCUGAUGCACGUCCACUCUGUGAGCAGUCAACUCCCGCCAAGAGAUCGUGGAGACAGCACGAGGCUCUCGCUCGACGAUGAGAAACCCCUUGCCGCUAACCCCCGGACCAAGUCGCCCCCUUGAACUUGCCCUGGCGGGACAAAGGCUCACUGACUCAACCGCAAUGAUGAUCACCCCACGACACACUCUAAAAUCCAAACCACACUCUUUCAGCUUAUCAACUAGGCUUCUCGGCGCACUGACGGCGCCCAAACGUCCUUCGAUGAACCCGGAGGUCGAGUUGGAAGAAAGCGCUUUCUCGGCGGUCCGUUCUGAGAACCAUCACCCUCGGCCGCUCCAGGAUACGCAGCUGACGAAGUCGCAAGAUGGGUCUUAG